AUGGUGAAUCUUGUCGACAGCGAAGGCCAUGCCAUCUUCUCUGGACCGGACAAUUGGUAUAAGAUCGCCCUUGCUGAUGGAAGGGAACUCGGUCUAACCCCGGUGAUUAUGCGUGCAUAUUUUCAAAUUGAUGGUAGCCACGGCCUUAUCUCCGCUGUAUCUCCAGGUGAAGGGCUGAUAUUUCGCUAUCAGCGCUUUGCCAACGAUGACAGGCCAGGUCAGGGUUGGCCUAUUGGGGAUAAGGGCUAUCUUCGUUGCUUCCAUCCUAUGGCGGACAAUUUUCGCCGCAACAUCACCCUCGCCCCAAAUGUCCAUCCAAAUGUCUACGACAUUGUGGCUUCAGAAUCUGCGCAAAGUCCCAUUCACGCUGAGCAAUUGGGUCACAAUCGGGUUGCUCUGUACAUUUACGAUAAGGAUGACAAGAUUCGCGGGUUCAGACUGAACAGAAUCGGAGAUGCUCAUGAAGACGGCCCAAGAGUGCUACAGCAAAGUCUGAGUGAUUUCUUGGCUCCUUUCGAUUGUCAAUUUGUCAAAGUGAGCACAAAGGUGUCAAAGGGCCUCUUUUGA